CUUCACUCAAACUCAAACCCUGUCUGACUCCACCGUGUCUGUGUGUCUGUGUGUCUGAUGGGAUGUUUUUAAUUAUCUAAACAAGUCAUUAAGUGUAAUAUUUGCUGAUGGCGUCUCAUGUGAUAUCAGUGAGGUUCGUCAGCGGCUUUGUGUUCGGCGUCACUUCCGGCGUCGCGGCUCUCAAACUCUAUUUGUACGAAGAGCAGAAAACAGACUCAGGGAGCUCCGUCCAUCGGCUCAUCGAACGCUUCGGUCUUCCUCAAACCGGUGCCGAGACGCGAUUCUACAUGAACCACGUUUUAUCGUACGAUCAGACGCGGCGGACGCCUCGCUGGGUCCAGGAGCACCUGUCCACUCACAGGUUACUGGGUCAAGCCAACAGAAAACAUUGCAGAUUCAAGCCGGAUCCCAGCGUUCCCGAGCUCUUCACGGCACACAACGAGGAUUACCUGCGCAGCGGCUGGUCGCGCGGACACAUGGCCCCCGCCGGAGACAACAAGAUCUCUGAGCAAGCGAUGGCGGAGACUUUCUAUCUGUCCAACAUCGUGCCGCAGAACUACGAGAACAACGCCGGCUUCUGGAACAGGCUGGAGAUUUACUGCAGAGAACUGACGCAGAGGUUCGGUGACGUGUGGGUGGUUUCUGGACCGCUGCUUCUGCCACAGACGCAAGAGAACGGCAGAAGAACCGUCUGCUAUCAGCUGAUCGGGAAGGAUGACGUUGCUGUUCCCACUCACCUCUACAAAGUCAUCCUGGCACAGAAAGACCCGUCUGCAGACUCUCUGGCUCUCGGGGCGUUUGUGAUCCCGAACGCUCCGAUCGGCUUCGACCGUCCGCUGACGGAGUUUGAGGUGAGUCUGGGGGAUCUGGAGCGAAUGUCGGGCCUUACGUUCUUCCCUGCGGUGGAGCGGCGCGAGCUGCUGAAGAACCUGUGUGAAGAGGACUCCUGUCAGCUCAUGGACUUCAAGCGCUUCACGCUGUACAUCAGCGGCCGCAAGGUGGCGAGCGCCAGGACCCUCGCGCGGCUGGAGAAGAUCAUGACGGAGCUCAAAGAUACCGGCAUCACACCUGACCAAUACCUGAGUGACCUUUACCUGGAGAAGAAACGAGAACUAGCAGAGAAGGAGGAACGUGAGAAGAAACCAGAGCCAUGAGAGUGUUACAUUUAUCAUUAUCCUUCAAGGCAUUGCAUUAGUUUAGCUGAUUUGUUCAUUUUUUAUUGUUAUUGUUGCAUAAACGUUCAUUAAAGGCUCAUCUGUGGGACCAGCCACACAACCUGAGUGUUUGAAAUAUUACUUGAAAUAUUUGGUUACUCAGUGUUAUUUUCACAUCUGAUCACAAAUAAAGUCUUGUGUUUAUC